AUGUCUGAAAGCUCCUCGUCGACGACGCGCAGGUACAUCGAGACAGCGCCGCUCUCGCACUUGGAGUUGUGGGGGCUGUUGUAUCCAGGUGACUCCGACUCGAACAUAGCACAGGUGAUCAAUUACGAGAGAGAUAUCUUGCUCGUUCGGAAAGCGAUACAAGCCCAGCAAAAAGCGGAAGAACAGGCUAGAGCCGAGGCGAGACACCGUCCCGAGUGGAAACAGCGGGUUCUUCGUCAAGGUCCGUGGGACGGAGUCAAGGGUCCACUUCCUCUCACCGGAGCGCCUGCACUGCCUAUGUCUGUCACGAUCAGUGAUGAGGAGAGGUUGGCAGCGUUCUUCAACCAUCUUUCUUCCCGAUCGAUCCGUUUUCGAGUCAGCAGAGCUAGCAGACGGCUUGGUCCCACGCUCCGUGACCCUGCUAUAACCCAAAGUUUCGCGAGCCAUACUACGGUGUCGAAAUGGCUGAAUCCGAAAGGGAUACUGAAUGAAGAUGGACGUAUGGACCUCUGCAAGAUGGUGCUCGGCCCACCCAAUAUCUCUCAUUUAAUGAUCGGUCUGGAGGGCAAUAACUUCUUUCGCCACUUCUUGCUCGGUAAUAAUAUGAUUGGGCCUGUGGGUGCCCGGCUGAUCUCGGACUUUGUACUUGCGCACCCCGACCGCAUGGAGACCUGGUACCUUGCCGGUAAUCGCAUUGACCUUGCUGGAUUUGAGCGCCUUGUUUCUGCGUGGACAACCUCGACUUCCAUCACUAAUAUCUGGCUCAAGCGAAAUCCACUUGCUCCAAAAGCGUCUACUGCCCUGUGCGAAUCGAUCACUCAGACCUUGAACUUACGCACCCUCGAUCUCGAUCAGACAGAAUUGGGCGACGGAGGUGUUGCUCAUCUCUUUUCACUUCUGGCAAAUCACCAUAGCCCCACCUCACUGAGGCAUAUCUACCUGAAUGCCUCAGUCUACCUAAGCGCCAACCCCAUGGCAGACACUGGCGCAAGCGUACUCGCUGAAGGCCUUGCGGGCAAUAAAUCACUACUUCGUCUAACUCUCGCUUCCUGCGGGCUGGAAUCCGAGGCGCCAAAGUCGAUACUGCAAGCUCUCAAAGGCCAUCCUCGACUCAUAACCAUGCACAUGGACCAAAGCUUUGCACCGGAAGAUCUUGGCAUGCGAUACGAUUACCUCGGAGAUGAUGUGGUGGACAGUGUAAAGGCACAGGUGUCAAGCUGCGAAACACUACGAAUGAUCGAGCUUGGCACGACUGGCAUGACGCAAUCAGCGCUUGAGUCCAUUUCAGAAGAGGUAGUAAAAUCGGAGACGCUGGUGGUCUUCUCAGCAAAGAGCGUGUACAACAAGGUCUCCACGAGGAUCAAGCUCUCUGUGAAUGAGCGCAUCAAGGAGAAUGUUCGGCAACCAUACGGGGGCUCGCUCGACGAGGACAGUUGGGUUUGA